GGAAAGCCAUGGUGAAGUGCACUGAUACAACUGCACACUACCUGCAAUGCAAAAGUCGCAGUCGGCACAAGAGAUGUUGGUAGGUGGCUCUAUUUUCCACUUUAAAUGAUUCCAUUUACAAUCAUAGAAGGCAACAAUGACUCCGGAGAGAUUUUUUUCCUUGGGGAUCGGGAUAUCUGUCUUGAUUUUAUCAUCAUCGGACCUCCACUGAACCACCGAAACGCACCUGAGACUCUUGACCCGGCAAUCCGCGCCUGCUCCCCGGUUGAUGCCUACUGUCAUGGCCAUGGACGGUGACGACCACUCGCGUGCCGUCGCACCGCUGGACCUGAGCACCACUCAGCGGGGGAACACCUCUUCCACAACGGCGCCUCAAUGCGGAGGUUGCCCAAGGGAGGCGGUUCGCUCACCUGUGUCUCCCUCGCCCCCUUCUCGAAAGCGCCCGGCGGACAGAGCUUCCCUCCGGCUUCCUUUUCGUAAAAGACCGUACCCGGUGGAGCCGGAGGAGCGAGGCUCAGGAGAAGCGGGGCAAGAGGAGGGUCUUUCUCGGGUGUUAGAGGCGGACGCGCCUCACCGGGAGAGGGAGACAAGCCCUUUAGCGGGUACCCCUGAGAAUCGACUUGCACCGGUAAAUCUGAUGCAGGCUGAAGAGGCUCCGUGGGCUACUGACACUUGUCCUGUCCACAUAGUGCCCACGUUCACCUAUGGUCACUACCCUGUGUACCAUUAUCACGAAUUGGGCCAUCUUGGGUUCCACCCUACUCAAAACCUACUGGCAAGCGUAGCUCUGGCUACCCGACAAGAUGAAGACGGAGACACAGCUCUGCACAUAGCGGUGGUGCAAGGGGAGUUGGCCAUGGUGCGUCAACUCAUCCAUCUUCUGCAAUACGCAGGCAGAAGCCUCGAUGUCUUCAACAACCUCCGACAGACUCCCCUUCACCUGGCGGUGAUCACACAGCAAAUAAGCAUUGUGGAGGCCUUGCUGAGGGCUGGCUCGGACCCCUCUGCUUUGGACCGUAACGGCCAGACGGCUCUGCACCUGUGCUGCGAAUACAACCACCCAGAGUGUCUUUCUGCAGUGCUUUCGUUGCCCUCUUCUGCUGUCUGCCUGGACAUGAAGAACUUUCAAGGUUUGAGCCCUCUCCAUUUGGCUGUGUUACAUGCUCACAUAAAUUUAGUCAGCAUGCUGCUGGGAGCGGGGGCUGAUAUCAACACCAUGGACAUCAAGAGUGGCCAGAGUCCCCUCAUUCUUGCGGUGGAGAGCAACAAUGCAGAGAUGGUCCACUUCCUCAUUGAGAGUGGCUGUGAUGUUAACAGGCCGUCUUACAGCGGCAACACAGCCCUGCAUAGUGCCUGCGCUCGGGGCCAGGCAGACUUGGUGCGAGCGCUUCUGAAGAACGGCGCCGACAGCAGCGUCAAGAACUACCACAACGACACGCCUGUCAUGUUGGCCAAGAACAAGAAGAUUGCAGACAUAUUACGAGGGAAGGGAUCGAAGCCCAUGCGAGUCCCAGAUCAACACAUCGGUGCAGCCACAUCACCACGCAGCAGCAACUUCCCAGCUAAUGGCUCUCCAUCUUCAGGUCACAGUCGUGGUUGUUCUCCUUCGACAAUACCUCACCGUGCCGCCCUUCACUCACCGAGGUCUCCUGGUGCCUUCCCAUUUUAUUAGCACAGUCCUUGUGCAUUGACACAGGCCAUUGCAGUAUGCAGUCCCCAAAUACAGUUUUUUGAUAUAUGCAAUCAAACCGAAUGUAGUAGCCUGUUUUAAAUGCCUUGUCCCUUGGACCAUCAAGCACUUGCUAAAGGGAAAGCGACCAUACUUUGAUGAGUUUUGAAGGAUGCUGAAAAUACAAAAUGGCAGUGUGUUACAUAAUGAAUUUUCUUGGUGAUUGGGGACAGCUAUCGUGGACAAGGGGUUCUCGAUUUAAUUUUUCGGCCUUAUAACGCAGAGCAAAAACCCAUAUUAGGUGCUGCUCACAACUUGGGAAAUUUGCAAUUUGCUGUAAUUUUCAGACUAUAAAUCGUUAACCACCCCCCAUUUUCAACCAUGCAGUUUAUAGUCCUAAACUAAAAACCAUAAAUAACUGCAACUGUUCAAUCAUAACCUCCUUGAGGACCUCUUGUACUGAUAAAACCAUGAAAUUUGCAUUACAUCGCAUUAAUUUGUGUAAUUUUUUGUUUACAUACACUACUCACAAAAAGUUGGGGAUGUUUGGAAAUUUCAGGAUGAACCCUGAAUUUUCCUUUUUCGGUGAAUUUAAUGGCGUACCGCACGCAAUGCGUCUCUUUUGCUCAUUCAUAUUCAUGACGUUAGCAACUGUUGCUAGGCGGGUCAAGCUUGCGUUUGUCCCUCGUUCUAAAUGCAUGUAAAAAGUGUACAAAAAAGAUGUUUAAUGAGCCAAACCUACCAAUUCUGUACCUGGUGCCAAAUUCACUGGUAAAGAUGUGGAACAACAUACAAAUGUUCAAGUAAAGAGAUGGCUUGAGUGUCGAGGGCUGAAAAAGACGGGAAAAAGAGCUGACCUGAUCCAGAGGUAGUUUUAUUAUUGACACCGUUUUCUUGUAUGCAUUGCCUUACGCCACUGUCAAUGACAUUCUCCUGUUUCACCAAGCUAUCCUUUACCACCAUAUGACCUGUCUUUCUUAUAUAUUAUAUCCUCUGGUUGUCUUACGUCUCUGACCGUACUUGGGGGUAAUUUACAUUGUUAUUUUUGUGUAGCGAUGGCAUAUUCUACUCAGUGACAGCCAACGAACACUUUUAAUUUUUUCAUUAAUAACAACUCUUAAUUCUAUAAUUUAUUUACAUUUCCCCCUUACUAAAGUUGUUUUUUUUUAACAACAGAAAAGGUAACAAUAGUGCCAGUCAGAUACCAUUUUAAUUUUUUUCAGGUCAUUCAUUGUCAGACAGACGCAGCACGGCAAAACGCCACACUAAAAAAUAAGUAAAAAUAUCAAAAUGGCUUACUCCUUCAUCCUCUGUAGGGCCAUGGCCCCCAACAAAAUGUUUACUGCUGAAGGUGAAUGGCUUCACCUUGCUGGCGUUAAACUGGUCUUUUGGACGUCUGCACAAGUUGAUCCAUUGUUCACACUAUUUCCUCUUUUUUAGCUAUGGGAAACAUAUGAAGAAAACAUCCUUCAUCUGUCAUAAUGUCUAGAGUCGUUGCUACAAGUUCCAUAGCAGCCGUGUUUACUCGGCAUGCUCUUUUUUGAAAGAUUACUGGCAGAAAACAAGCAGUACUAACAUGGGUUGUAUGUGAGCGCGCUUUUAUGAUGACCCACUUCCGGUUUACGAUGGUGACGUCAUGGUCUAAAAAUAGCAUUCGUGCGGUACGCUAUUGGACCCCUAUUUUGAAUCUACAUACCCAUUUAUUCAGUAGUUCGGUACUUUUGGACAACUAACUGUUCUCUAACAAGGAGCUGAACAUUUGAUCCUGGAGAAUUUCCCAGGACUGACAGUGUAUGCCUUUCUGUGACGACCAGUCUCUCUUCAUCUCUGCUGUCCAGUAUCCUGAAUUUUUUGGAGUAAUGUACUAGUAUCUUGUCUGUGUUAUGUUAUUUUGCUUGUCUAAAAAAAUGAACAUUUUUAUU